UAGGGUCGGAAAUUGAGGGGCGAGUGGGUGGAAUGGGGCAGACAGCGCCGAGCUUGCGUCAAAUACGGACGCCAGUUGGACGCAGCUCGGGAUUGGAGGCAGCCACGUUUCCUAGCUAUCUGCCGUGUGUGUCGCAGCUACUGUGUCUGUGUGUGCCGUGCUGUUCCGAGCCGCAUGUGUGGCGGUCCGCGGACGCGAUGUAAAGCGGAUCCUCGCCAGCGUUCAUCCUCUCAUAGCCAGAAACCGGAUUCGGAUUUAGCUGGCCCAGCUUGUAGGCUGUUCUCCGUCUUCGCCACCGCUCCUGCUCGAAACUUCUUUGUCAACCGGCGAGGAUUGUGUUUUCAACGCUUUCACCAAUAACGAAGCGCUGCCAUGGGACAGGAGGUGUGUGUGAGCAUGUGCAUCACCAUCUCGCUGUCGAUCACGAUCUCCCACUCCCUUCGCCCCGCGCUCUCCGUGUGAGAUUUCCCGCCCAGGGUGGCGCAGUUGGAAAAUGAGCACGUGCGAGGCGGCGGACGCUGGCGAGAAUGGGAGCCAGGCCAAGUCCGAGGAGAGCCAGCCGCCGGAGGAUCAGAAGAAGAAGCAGCAGCAGCCGCAGCAGGAGAGGAACGAGAAGCAGCUGGAUAAGCCGCCGGAGAAGUUGCCCCAAAACGGAAAAGCCGAAGCAAAAGGAGCAGAAGGAGCGUGUCCACACCCCCCACUGGAUGCCCUCCGGAGCUCAGUGCUCCUGGAUGCCGGUGCUGCUGCGCCCUCGAUAGACGCGCUAGUGGCUUGCAAGGAUGCGCUGCUCGCCCAGAAGCUCUUUGCCAGCGGGGGAGGCUCAACGCCCGGUCCCAGUCCCACAUCCUCUGCGGUGGGCGCGGGCGGGAUCAGUGGCAAGGACUUGCUUAAACUCAAGGAGCCCAUGCGCGUGGGCUUCUACGAUAUCGAACGCACCAUUGGCAAGGGAAACUUUGCAGUGGUCAAGCUGGCCCGGCAUCGAAUCACCAAGAACGAGGUGGCUAUCAAGAUCAUUGACAAGUCGCAGCUGGACCAGACAAACCUACAGAAGGUCUACCGCGAAGUGGAGAUCAUGAAGCGUCUGAAGCACCCUCACAUCAUUAAGCUCUACCAGGUUAUGGAGACCAAGAAUAUGAUCUACAUAGUGUCGGAAUAUGCCAGCCAAGGAGAGAUCUUCGAUUACAUUGCCAAGUACGGGCGGAUGUCCGAGUCGGCGGCGCGCUUUAAGUUUUGGCAGAUCAUAUCGGCGGUGGAGUACUGUCACAAGAAGGGCAUAGUGCAUCGGGAUCUCAAGGCGGAGAACCUGCUCCUGGAUUUGAACAUGAAUAUCAAGAUAGCAGAUUUCGGGUUCUCCAAUCACUUCAAGCCAGGAGAAUUACUGGCCACUUGGUGCGGAUCACCGCCGUACGCAGCUCCCGAGGUUUUCGAGGGAAAGCAGUAUACGGGUCCAGAGAUUGAUAUUUGGUCACUUGGCGUCGUGCUUUAUGUGCUGGUAUGUGGGGCUCUGCCCUUCGACGGAUCCACGCUGCAGAGCCUCCGGGAUCGGGUGCUUUCCGGCCGCUUUCGCAUUCCGUUUUUUAUGAGCUCCGAGUGCGAGCACCUCAUCCGCCGCAUGCUGGUACUGGAGCCCACAAGGCGCUACACCAUCGACCAAAUCAAACGCCAUCGGUGGAUGUGCCCCGAGCUGCUGGAGCACGUCCUGAUAGCCAAGUACAAUCUGGGCGCCGAGCGGCAGACGUCCGUGGAACCCAGCGAGGACAUUCUACGCAUCAUGGCCGAGUAUGUGGGCAUCGGGUCGGACAAGACCCGAGCCAGUCUUAAGAAGAAUACUUACGACCAUGUGGCGGCCAUAUAUCUGCUACUGCAGGAUCGAGUUAGCCACAAGAAGGAGCAGAGCAACGGCUCAGGCGCCAGCGCCCUUGCCUCGUCGACCUCCGCCAGUCGGAUGCUCUACAGCUCCAGAAACGACCACCAGCCGACGCAGCAACAACCGCAGCAGCAGCCCAAGACAAUAUCCACCAGCUCGAUCCUGGCCAAGGAUCAGUGCCACAAAAGACUUAGCCGUCAUCAGACGGUACUCAUGAGUGAACGUAACGCCCAUGCCGGCGCGACACCCACAGUUCCAGAUCCCGGUCCCGGAUACUACGCCAAGUAUGGCCCACUGCAACUGCCACUGCCUCUGACCGGGCACGCCCACCUGACUGGGUAUCUGAACGGAGGAGGCGCCGAGGUGGAUGCCGGCGGCAUUCCGCUGCCCAUGCGGUACACCCCGCUGCCGACAGCCGCGUCGCCCGCUCCCUCUAACUGCUCAUCCACAUCCUCGAGGGUAGGACGACACAGCCUAAGCUCCAGCUCGCCGCGAAACCAUCGACCGGUGGCCAUUUCGCUCAGCAUCGACAACAACCCCUCGCUGGCCAACCUGCGGUGCAGGGAGAUGAUGGAGGCUGGAGGCGGACCCGUUGGAGCAGUGGGUGUGCCUCUAGUGUCCAAGCAGCUUCAUCAGACCAUCAGCGAGUUCAUCAUCAAACAGAGCACCGAAGACUGUCGGGCGCUGCUGCAGCAGUCCACAGCAGUGGCUGAGGGUAAAGAUGAUCCGCCAAAGGCGGAAUCCGGCGCAGGAGCCAUUCCUCCGCCCGCCUCUACUACACCCACAUCCAGUGCAGCGGGACCGGAACCGGGAUCGACCCCCUGUCCUGGUGAGAUCAACGGCAAGACAAUAAAGACUAUGUCUAGCUCGAGCAGCUUCGACUCCAAGGCCAAUUUGGGCCAAAGCUUUCGCUACAAGAUGUCCGCCGAGGCCAGCAAGCUUUUCCAGACCCUCCAGGAAAGCCCACUGCCCGUGGAGCAAAGGAAUAAGCGUCGUGUGCACGUGGGGAGCACCAAUGGCAGCGGCGGUGACUCCGGCCAGGAAACGAAUGAUGCGAAAUCGAAUGGCGACAGCCGCUCCGAGAAGAAAGUUCUGGCCCAAGGCAGCUCCAGCACAGAUGAAGGCUGCGAGACAGAUCAGGGAAACGAUCCGGGCUCUGCUUCCCAGGAGUCGAAGGGCAGCAAUGGCGGCGGUAGCGGUAACGCCAACGGCGGACCCACCUCGCACUCCAGCAGCGAUCUAACGCGCCUCGUUGGAACCACUGCCUCUGGACAGAGUCACAAGAUGCGUUCGUAUGCCAGUAGUAGCUCGUCCAGUGGCGUUCUCGCCGGGAGCGCUGGUAGCUACUCUAAAAGUCUGAGCCAGAACCUGAGUCGCGGUUCGUCCAAGAGCAAUUGCAGCGGUCCCUACGACAGCUUGGACUUCGCCCUGCCUUCGGGCAAGGGCAGUCUACCCUCGUGCAUGGGCUCAAGUUCGAUGCUGGCCACGCCCACUCCGGCCUCGGCAUCGCCAGCGGGCAUCUCAUCGGAGCAUUCAUCGGAAAGAUCACUGUACGGGAGCCACAACUCCUGCAUCCAUAUGCCAGGAGCUCUGCCGUUAGGCUUGGGCCUUCCCCAAAGUUCAGCCUCCACGCCCACGCCGAAUCCUACUCCUCCGCCGAAUGGCGGUGGUGUCACGUUCCUGGACAAGCGAUCACCCAUACACUUUCGCGAAGGAAGACGGGCAAGUGAUGGCCUGGUGGCCCAGGGCCUGCUUAGCUCUGGUUCGUUGCUGGGCACCAGUCGUGUGUACGGAAGUUAUCGAUACGAGCAGGCCAAGCGUCACGGUUGGCUGGAGAUCCAGCAGCUGCAGCAGCUGCAGCAGGAGGCGGCUGUGGGGCAUUCACACCCACAUGCCCAUCAACAUCCGCAUCAGCAUCCGCAUCCGCAUCCUCAUCCCCAAGCGUACGGCUUGGAAGAACUCUGUCAAUUUCCAAAUGGUCAAUUCUACGCUCUGCCGGGCAAGCAUCAUCCGCUGCUGACUUUGCCCCAUCAUCAUGCGCAUCCUGCGCAGCAUCACCAUGGCCAUCAUUCGCUGUUCCAUCCAGGCCACCAAGCCACACCUCUGCUCCUGGAAGCACCUGCUGGUGGGGAUAUGUAUGGCCAUGGAUGCUAUGCUCCGCCACCGCCGCCACCAGGGCUAUACGCGCACCAUCAGUUGGGCGUGGGCAUGGCAGUGCCCAUGUCCCCGAUGCAAAAGCCACCGCUGCAGCAGCAGCUACUGCAGCACCGCCUGCUGCAGCAGAAGCGUCAGUUGUUCCAGAAGCAGUACGCCCUUGAGGCGCAGUUAGCCGGUCGACAUCACCACCAUCAGCAGCACAGCCAUCACCAGCAGCAGGCACACCAUCACCACUUUGGCCACAGCCUGGGUCCACCACCGCCGCCGGCUCCGGCUCCGGAACAUCACCUGGCCGACGAGCUGUACGAGUUGGCCCUGCUCGAUCGGCCCAGAAGCGGAACUCCUAGGCUUCAGCACUCCAUGACCAUGCCCGGAGCUCAUGCCUUCAGCCAGAUGAACCUCAAGACUUCCUACAUCAGCCAAUCGGACCAGGUGCCUGGUACGGCGCCUAAUGGAGCUGGUUCCGGAGGAUCGGCUGCUGGGGUAUCAUGCUCAGCUCCACCAUCCACGGCGCCGGGUACGCCCACGGUCAAGUGCAAGCCUACCACGCCCCACGGCCACAGCCUGGACUCCGACUAUCAUACAUCGACGCCGGUUCUCAGCCUUUUCACGCCCAAUUGGCAGUCGCUGGUGAAGCCGCUCAGCGAGAGCCCCAUCCUGGAGAUAUCGGAGCACCUUGAGUCAGUCUGAGGCCGUAGGUGAUGUUAUUCGGUGGAGGGGUUGGGGCAAUCGGAAUGGGUGUAGAUUUGUAAGUGGAAGUCAGUGGGAAAGGGAAAGGGGUUGGACUGGGCAUCGAACUAUAAUGGGGGCCGGACCGGUGCCACCUUUUUAUUAAGCUCGCAAUCGCAAUUAUGAAUUAUUUGAUCCAUAUACGAUAUACACCCAUACAUACAUAUAAAUAGCCUAUAUAGAUAUGGAUGCGGGUCGGAAUCGGAAUCGGAGUUACAUCGAUCCACGUUUAUUGGAGCCGAUAGAAUCAUUGCCGAACUGGGCGAAGCAGUAAUAUUGAAUGAUUUAGUUGUGUUACUAGUCUUAAGUAGUCCAAGUUUCGUACGCAUAUACGCAGACAUAUACAAUAUGUAUAUUGAUAAUAAUAGCGUUAAGCUAUAGCUCUACUUAUGAUUACACUAUACACUAUUGUAUUGCCCCCACGACAGUGGACAAGAACAACGUAACUACAUAUAUCAAUUAUUCGAAGCAUUUAUUGGGGGCAUAGAAAGGGCGUAUCCAUAUAAGGAUAUAUCUAUUAUGUAUUGGUACAAUAAUUAGCGACAAGCAAAAAAAAGCAAAAUUUAAACAAACAUCGAUUGUUCUUAAACAUGGAAUUCAAAUGUAAACCAGAUAUUAAAGUCAUUUGGUAUAAAAUGCAA